UCUUGUUUGUGUUGUCAUUGUGUUAAUGUGAGUGUUUUUCGUGAGUGUUAACACCCUCUCUGUACUGCAGCAUCCUGUCGCAUACGCGGCUGCUGUUAAACACGGAAAUUAGUGUUAGUCCAGGACGCGCUCUACAACCAUGUCGAGCUCACUGGUCGUGUGUGAGGUGGAUCCAAGCCUGACGGAGAAACUGAAGAAGUUUCGUUUUCGGAAGGAGACCACCAACGCCGCCAUACUGAUGAAAAUUGAUAUGGAGAAACAGCUGGUCAUAUUAGAAGAGGAAUAUGAGGACAUUUCUCUGGACGAUCUGCGAGAAGAGCUUCCAGAGCGCCAGCCUCGAUACAUAGUGUACAGCUACAAGCUAACGCACUCCGACGGCCGAGUGUCCUACCCGCUGUGUUUCAUUUUCUCCAGUCCUGUGGGCUGUAAACCGGAGCAGCAGAUGAUGUACGCCGGCAGUAAAAACAGGCUCGUUCAAUCUGCCGAGCUCACCAAGGUUUUUGAAAUCCGUAACGCAGACGAUCUCUCUGAGGAGUGGCUGAAGGAGAAAUUGUCAUUCUUUCGCUGAAAUAUUUGACUGUUCAGGAUCAGCGCUCCAUCCGUCUGUAUACCGAAGACGAUUAUAUUGGAAUAACCUCACAGCUGAUCUCAGACCAGUGGAGAAAAGGCAGUCAUGCAUUUGUAUUAACAUUUGUUUUCAAUGGAAAUUGUACAAUAAAGCUUAUGUGAACUUAA